CAUUUCGAAGAUUGUGUUGAUUUCGAGAGGAAGAAGAAGAAGAAGAAGAAGAAGCUAGGGUUUAUCUGAUGAGUAGAUGAUGCGUGAACCGCUUGUCAUCGAAGAAGAAGAAGAAGCUACUGAAGUUUUACUUGUGGAGAAGAAGAAGGUUUUAGAAGAGUUGUGUAAGAGACGUGUUAGAGAAGGUGGAGACGAAGAAGAGAGAAGAGACGAUUUGUUGUUACUAGCUUUAACGCCGAUGGUACGAUCGAAAUCUCAAGGAACUACACGGCGCGUCACUCCCACGCCACCUCCGUUAGACGUGGAGAAGCCGUUACCAAACGGAGAUCUCUAUAUGGGAACGUUUUCCGGCGGGUUUCCCAACGGAUCCGGUAAGUAUUUGUGGAAGGAUGGUUGUAUGUACGAAGGCGAGUGGAAACGUGGGAAAGCGAGUGGUAAAGGCAAGUUUUCAUGGCCGAGUGGUGCGACUUACGAAGGAGAGUUCAAAUCUGGGAGAAUGGAAGGAUUUGGGACUUUUGUUGGAGUUGAUGGUGAUACUUAUCGAGGCUCUUGGGUUGCUGAUCGGAAACAUGGUCAUGGUCAGAAGAGAUAUGCCAACGGAGAUUACUAUGAAGGUACAUGGCGGCGGAAUCUACAGGAUGGGAGAGGAAGAUAUGUUUGGAUGAAUGGGAAUCAGUAUACUGGAGAAUGGAGGAAUGGUGUGAUUUGUGGUAAAGGUGUGCUUGCUUGGCCUAAUGGGAAUAGAUUUGAAGGUCAAUGGGAAAAUGGAGUUCCUAAAGGGAGUGGUGUGUUUACUUGGCCUGAUGGGAGUUCUUGGAUCGGUUCUUGGAAUGAGAGUAGUAAUCUCAUGAGGAAUUUUUUUGAUGGGAUUGAGAAGAAUGAGUUGAUUGUUGCCACGAGGAAGAGAUCUUCUGUUGAUAGUGGAGCUGGGAGUUUGACUGGGGAGAAGAUUUUUCCUAGAAUCUGUAUUUGGGAAUCUGAUGGUGAAGCUGGGGAUAUUACUUGUGAUAUUGUUGAUAAUGUGGAAGCUUCUGUGAUUUACAGAGAUAGGAUUUCUAUUGAUCGUGAUGGGUUUCGUCAGUUUAGGAAGAAUCCUUGUUGUUUCAGUGGCGAGGCUAAGAAACCUGGAGAGACCAUAUCUAAAGGGCAUAAGAAAUACGAUUUGAUGCUCAACUUGCAACAUGGAAUCAGGUAUUCUGUCGGCAAACAUGCUUCCGUUGUUCGAGAUCUCAAACAGAGCGAUUUUGACCCAAGUGAAAAGUUCUGGACAAGGUUCCCACCUGAGGGUUCUAAGACCACACCACCGCAUCUGUCUGUUGAUUUCCGCUGGAAGGACUAUUGCCCUUUGGUGUUUAGACGGCUGAGGGAGUUAUUCACGGUGGAUCCUGCCGAUUACAUGCUAGCUAUCUGUGGAAACGAUGCUCUUAGGGAACUAUCUUCGCCUGGAAAGAGUGGAAGCUUUUUUUACUUAACUCAAGAUGACAGAUUUAUGAUCAAGACGGUGAAGAAAUCAGAAGUCAAGGUGCUUCUACGAAUGCUUCCAAGUUACUACAAACAUGUCUGCCAGUAUGAAAAUACACUUGUGACUCGGUUCUACGGUGUGCACUGUAUCAAACCUGUUGGUGGCCAGAAGACUCGGUUUAUCGUCAUGGGGAACUUAUUCUGCUCCGAAUAUAGAAUCCAGAGACGGUUUGACCUGAAAGGGUCUUCCCAUGGACGGUAUACCUCCAAACCCGAAGGGGAAAUUGAUGAGACUACUACCCUCAAGGAUCUUGAUCUCAAUUUUGCUUUCCGUCUUCAGAGAAAUUGGUAUCAAGAGCUUAUGACGCAAAUUAAGCGCGACUGUGAGUUCUUAGAAGCUGAGAGAAUAAUGGAUUAUAGCCUUUUGGUUGGCGUUCACUUCCGUGAUGACACCACAGGAGACAAAAUGGGGCUAUCUCCAUUCGUUUUGAGAUCUGGUAAGAUAGAGUCGUACCAAAACGAGAAAUUUAUGCGUGGUUGUCGCUUCUUGGAAGCGGAACUUCAAGACAUGGACCGCAUUUUAGCUGGCAGGAAACCAUUGAUUCGAUUAGGCGCAAACAUGCCUGCAAGAGCAGAACGAAUGGCGAGAAGAAGCGACUAUGAUCAGUAUUCCUCUGGAGGGACCAACUAUCUAUCUCACGGAGAGGUCUACGAAGUGGUUCUAUAUUUUGGAAUCAUUGACAUAUUACAAGAUUACGACAUAAGCAAGAAGAUCGAGCAUGCUUACAAGUCUCUACAAGCUGACCCGGCUUCGAUCUCAGCCGUUGAUCCUAAACUAUACUCAAGAAGGUUUAGAGAUUUCAUCAGCAGAAUCUUCAUCGAAGACGGCUAAUGGAGGUCUAAUGGCCCCAUCAUUGAAAGGUCAAACCUAAGCUCCUCGCUUUUUACCUCAGAUAACGAGGCUUAAAGACCCUGCGGCAUGAGAGGGCAAAAGGGUAAUUGCACUCUGGGAGAAGCUCGAAGAAGGAAAGAAAUCGAUUUGGAAUUC